ACCCAGAAUAGCCCCUCGUCGACCGCCAGAUUCUUGAUCUGCCAAACAUUGAUUUUGCCAUAACAAAUUCAGCCCCCAGCGCCCGUCCGAUUCCCUCGUGAGCUUUUGUCAUAAGCAUGUCGUCUGCGGUCUCCAGGCACCGGCUCUCUUCAUGCUUUGGUGACUCAAUCCGCGCCGGACCCUCCGACGCGCGUGUCCACUCUCAACGCGUGCACUCGCAUUCUUCUCUCAAGGAUGCGGCCAUCACUGCUACGGCCUCCGUCUCUCCCUCGUCCGGAUCCCAUGCCACUGACACGUCGCGUGCUCAAACAGCAGAGCCCGACGCUUUCUCUGCCGACGUAGCUGACCACGACGAUAACUCCGACGUCUCGGCUGACGACGUCGACCAGUACUACGCGGUUCUAGACGACAUGGACGACCGUCACCUACAACAACUCUCCUUCGACGCUGGCCACGUGCGUCGCCAGCAUGCUCCUGGCUCGCCCUCUCGCCAGCGAGAAGGUCUCUACCUCAACUACCAAGACGCUUCUAUGGCGCAGUCGCGUUCCAUGUCUCGGGCCUCCUCAUCAUCACAUACGCGAUCGGCCGCCCAUGCUAGCUCCUCGGCCACCGCGUCGAUUACAGUCUACGGCUGCACCACCGGAACCGCCAGCUCCCGCCUGCGCGAGCGCGUGUCUGUGGCUUCUGAAGUUGCACGUAUCCGCGAGCAGCAGGCCCAACAAGUCCAAACGCGCCAGGUGCUGCGCGAGCGUCAAGCGCAGGAGCGCGUGGUCUCUGAGCCUAAAAAGGUCGAAAAGGACCGUUAUUCCACCGUCGCGCGCGUUCGCGCAAUCCAGCAGCAGCAGCGUGCGCAGGCCAUGACCGAGCGACUUGCUUUCCGUGAGCAGCAGGCGCGCGAGCAGCAGGCGCAGGAGCACGCUGCUGCAGAGGCCGAAACAGUGAGACAGUGGCAGCGCCAGUGGAAGCGAGUGCUGGCCAGCAGCACGUUCUAUUUCGACGGAAUCGAAGAUCCCGGCAACGAGCGUGCAAAGCGUCAGCUUAUGAGCUACGGAUCUACUAUCGAAACAUUCUUUCACGGCGACGUUUCCCACGUUAUCACAAACAGACCUCACAAUGCUUCCUAUCCCGUCACAGAUAUUAUAUCCCAGGCGAAGCAGAGAGCAAUGAAGUUAUGGACCUUUGAGAAACUAUUGAGAUUUCUGGCGCAUCUGCAGGACACACCCAGUGCUUCUGUCCAGGGAACUAGCACUACCCGUCAUACCGUCACCGCUAGCGACACCAGCAACAACCUGACGCGUAUGCUGCAAGAAGAGAAAAUCACUGGACCGGCAGAUAGUGAUCCUCGUGCGCGCCGGGAAGAUUUCCACUACUUCAAAGGACCCUACUUGUUUAUCCGAGACGGCACGGGUCAGUACCGACCGAUCAUGGUUCGCGAGUAUCAAAAAGUGUCGGACGCGACGAUGGGAGACUGGCCCCAGUUCCGGCUAUCUGGUCCUGGUAAAUGUCCAUUUGUUAUUGAUGCGUCGGUAUACAAGAACAACAAAGAAACUGUGCAGCCUCGACGAGUGCCGACUACCGGCUCGCGAUUGAAGCGCACAGUCACGGCAGAGCUGGAGGAGAGCGUGACAUCAAAAGGUAACUCCAAGGCACGCAAGAUGUCGGAGGAAGAAGAUGAAGAGGAGGAAGAAGGCGGCGAGCAGCAAAGCGGCGCCGAGGCGCGCAAGCUCAAAGUACCGCGCGAUCUGGUUACAAGGUCUGAGCAAGCCGCCAUAUUCAAAGAGCCACAUCUCCGAAAGAAGAGCGCGUUGACGCCGGUCCGGAUGACCUCGGCCAGAGCAAACAGCGGCGGGCCAAAGAACUCUGAGUAUCGGGUCGACAAGAGCGCGCUGGUGGCAACCGGUAAGACGUACUCUGCCCGUAUGUCAGCUGCCUUGGGUUACGAGACGGUCGCGACAGGCAUCAACAUGUCGAACCAGACCUCUGGGAUCCGAUCGAUGACGCAGUCAGGCGGCCUGAACAACGGUCUCGCGGCUGCGAUGUCGCACACGCAGUCGAAGGAGGUGAACAGUCUGAAGAAAAAAGUUUUUGAAAAGAGGAAGAGACCGGUGGCCAUUCCGCAGGCUAGUAUCAAACGAGAGAUGGUCUCUGUCAAGGAGGUCAAGCCCGGCUACUGCGAGAACUGCAAAGAUCGAUUCGACGAUUACGAUGAGCACACGAAAUCGAAGCGACAUAGAAAGUUUGCUUCUAAUGAUGAUAACUUCAAAGAAGUUGAUGAACUGUUGGCGAAGAUUGUCCAAGCUCGCCGCCCGGAAGCUUGCGUCUAACCCAACACACGAACCUUACAGUUCUAUCGAACUCUAGCUUUGUGUCAUAAUACCCUUUAUCCCCACACACACACACAUGCAGAAAAGAAAUACGUCUAGUAUUUUUAUGGUUUACUAGACGGUCUCAUUUAGUGCCUGUUUUGUUAUUGCAUUUAGCAUUCAUUGAAGCAUCAUUAUCCCACUUCUUCC